AUGAUCAAGACAGAAGACGACUUGCAAGAAUACAGAUUGAGCCGGCUAGAGAAAGAAAUUCACACGAUUAGCGCCGACGUGGAAAGACAGAGCCCGGUUGUACCUGGAGGAGAAAUACUGCCUUUGGCUCAAGUCGAUGAGGCUGGAAUUCUGAGCCCGUACAGCGACACGCAAGGAGAGCUAGCCACGGAAUCAUUGGCUGAGGAGCCGUUGAUCCUGUUCGGUGGAGAGUAUCCACCGCUCCAUGAACGUGUCGAGGCUCCAUUGACAGAGCAUCUGAUCGUUAAAUUCAAGGCAUUAAUGCGAGCUGUGCCUCACGCUCUUGCGGUUAUUUCUUCCAUUCUACCAGAUGGCAGUUCACCAAGAGCCCUUCUCGUCUCGUCCUUCAACUCGGUCACCGUCUCUCCCAUUCCCUACAUCUCCUUCAACAUCAGAAAGACAUCCUCUACUCUAGCCGCCAUCAAGAGUUCGAGACGUUUCAUAGUUACAGUCAUUGGUGAUCCCAGAACUGCUAACGUUUUCGCUGAUUUGGUACCCGGCGGAAAGAUGUUGCGCCAAAAGAUGUUGGAAGCGGAUGGCCGACUCAAGCCCGAAAGCGGUGGUGUAAUAUGCAUGGAGUGCAGGUACACUCGUCAUAGGCAGAUCGAGGUGGGCGAUCACGUUGUCAUUGUUGGAGAAGUCCUUGAUGUUCAGCCCGAACGUGGCCGAGACCUGAAGGACACAGCUCUCGUGUAUUGGCACGGCGAACAUACUCCUGUGGACAUGAAUCAUAGCAGAUUUAUGGCAGACUCUGCAAAGGAACGUGCGAGCACUGAAUCGCGCGUUAGAAAAGUUGUCUAUCCAGAAGCUAAGGAGUUACCUCGGAUCCGAAGUGUGGUGCUUGAUUUUCAUGACAAUCCAGAUGAUUUCUGGGAGGAAUAG